AUGUGCAUUACUUGUUUUAAAACAGUACUAACCGUGGUGGCUUUCCCAUAUAUGCCGAAUGUGCUACAGGUGGACGUAAGUGGAGAAGAUAUGGAAGUAACCGACCAUAAUACUGACAGUAUCAGUGUAGCAGAGACUCCCAGCUCUAAAAAGCCAUGGUCAUGUCGGCGAAGACCAGUAAUUAAGAAAAAGAAAAGCAUGUCUUCUGCUUCUUCGAAAUUUGAAGAACUGGCUAUGAAGAAGAGGAAGAAUUGCGAGCCAGUGGUGAUCCAAAGUUCCAGCACCUUAGCGAAGAGCUCCAUGUAG